AUGUAUCCUAACUCCCAGCCGGCCAGACUCCCGGCCCAGACGCUGCCUAUCAACAGUCAGUACGUGGUGCCAACGUAUGAAUUCACAGCUUACCAUCACAUGCCGGGAGUCGCCGACCCAUCCGGAAGUGUCUGGAAUCCGGUUUACCGCGAGGAAUACCCGUUCACCUUCCCUGCUUCGAACCCCGGCGCCGGGCAUAUGAAUUUCAACUCAGCAGAACUGAGCGACAUGCCCACUAUCCCUGGAGGAGGAGGCCUCAACCCCUACAAUCUUUUCUCCAGUCAGGACCCUUUUUGCUCCCGGAGGAGACCCCAUGAGCCCAUCAAGGUGCUCGCACCCGCAGGAGGAAAGACUCGCACAAAGGACAAAUACAGGGUUGUGUACACGGACCACCAGCGCCAGCAGCUGGAGACUGAGUUUCAGUUCAACCGCUACAUCACAAUGAGGCGCAAGUCUGAGCUGUCAAUGACACUGAACCUCUCCGAAAGACAGGUGAAGAUCUGGUUUCAGAACAGACGUGCCAAAGAAAGGAAGAUAAACAAGAAGAAGCUGCAAGAUUCCCAGCAGCCCUCCACGUCCACCUCCACCCCACCUGUGCCCACUGGAUCCAGUGAUGGCCACAACGCAUCAAGCCCAAGCAGCAUCGUUCCAUCCAGUGCUUUAUCAGAAGGAUACAAGAUGGAGUUCAUAUGA